CGCAAGAAGGUGGUCGGGUCUGAGUUGUCGGUUGUAGUUCUCAGUGUUGAUGUCAUCUCGGUUCAGCGGACUUUUCCUGCUGCAGCUUCAUCUCUAUCUAGAAGGUACUAAAUGAUCGAAAUUGUUGACUUCGUCGCUGAGGAGGCACCGGCUGGGCAUGUGGAGUACAAGAUUUCCCUGCAGAAAGGCUCUUUUGCCUGGACUGUCCGGCGGCGGUACGCCGACUUUGCCGAGGUCUGGAUUAACCUCAAACUGGAAGACGAGGUGCCGGCCGCGGAGAGCAGUGCUAGCAGCAGCGAACAAGCAGAUCUUACGUCGUCGAGGGGGAGGAGUGGACAAAAGCAGACGAAGAAUAAAGGCACAACAAGUGAGCCAGAAGAUGGUGUUCCACCCUCCACGCAGUCCAGCACAGCGACGAGCGAUAAAGAGCCGGUGCGGUUUCCGGGUCGAGAACCGUUUUGGCAGAAGUGGCUGGGGACGCAGAACAUGCGGACGCGGUUCUUCGAUGAGCGACUCCUGGACCUAAAGAGGUGUUGCGAGUUUUUGCUGAAAAAGUUCCCGAGGGACCACAGCGUGCAACUUCUGUUUCACCUAGGGAACUUCCCACGCCCCGCGGCGCCGGAAGCCGUGCGCGUGCGGCCGACGAAGGUUCGAGGGCAAGUGGCUAUCAAGGUAAAGCUUUUGUAGGCUUGUUGUUUUGUUGAAAAAGCUUGCUUAUGGUGUACGAAACAAUCUGAAUCAAUAGCGACCACGUGGCGUCACCAUCUUCACGGAUGUUGAUGAGAUGGUUCGAGUUACACUGAGCCUGAAGAUUUAGUAGGCGUUUCCGAACUUCAAGACUAGAUUCGCAGAUUUUGAACACAGGUUGAACUCGAAGAGCCCUCGAGCUCGUCGUCCUCUCCCUCCAAAACUCAUUCCACGACCGGGGGCCGGCCCGACACGGUGAUAAUAGAAGCAUACCCCUCAACCGGAACGGGAACCGCAGGUGGAGGCAGCUCCUCUAGUUCGAGCAAAGUCGUAGUGCAGAUCGAUUUGACGAGCACUAAAGUUGUUGGCGCAGCUGGGGAUACUACAGGUGGUGCUGGGGAACUACAAAACGAAAAGACCGAGGACCUCCCGGCGAGCAGUACAACAUCCCUUUCAGCACUUUCCCCUGACGAUGAAUCUUUCACACAGAGUGACCCGACACUAGCCAGUGAGUUUCCUUCCUCGUCUUCGUCAUCCUCCUCCACGACCGCGCGAGUGGUUUACGCCGCGUUAUCGGACUUGCACACCGACGUUUUCUACACCGUGUCCGUGCAAACUGAAGUGCGAAUUUUGCGCCUGCGAUCACCGAUCGUCGCGGUCAGUGCCUUCGCACCAGCCACACUGGGAGAUUUCACUGCCUUACCCGACGGAGGUGCGAAGAGCGAGAGCAAAGAAGACGACGAAGCCGAUACUCCGCUUGGCACGACGAAUGCGUCUGAACUCGGGAAUGAGCUGUCUGAAAACAUGAGGCGCGUCGCGGAGAACAUUCGCUCGUUGGAAACAGAGCUUGAGAAAGAUGAACACCGUAGUCCGGAAAACACGAAAAGCACCGCGGCAAACGAAAAAGAUACGGUAACAUCAUCAUCAUCAGAUGGCGCGACAAUGCACCAAGAACCUUCUUCGAAUUAUGCAGGUGAAGAACUCGUCCCACCAGACCACGAAACCGAAUCGCAGGCGGAUAGCAUCGCCACUUCCGAACAAAAUGCUUCCGACCUAGUGCACGACCUGCUGGGGGCAAGCACGUCAAACUACCCCACGCCCGACAGUGACACUGUGUCACAGUCGCAAAGCGUGGGAGCUUUAGGCGCGGAGCUGCACAACUCGGAAACAACGACAGGACAUCAAAACGAAAACGCGCAGAGCAGUAAAUCCUCGCGGCAAAAGGCCUCCGCCUCGCGCAGAGCGAGCCGCGCAGUCCGUCGCUCGGAGAUGGAGCGGCUGCGGCACCGGGGCAGUGUCGCCCUGGAUUACGUGCAGAACGUGGAAGUGAAGAAAAAUCAGGCCAUCGAGAAGAACCCUUUUCGCUUUACCGCGGACGGGCAAAUCAUCCAAGUGGAGGGCACGAACAGCACCGGGAGCACGCCCGCCGUCGCGCAGAAUGAUAUUCAUCCUAACAGCUUGCUGACGGGUGGUGCUGGUGGAGGGGAGCAGUUUGCUGUUGAUCACCUAUCCUCGCUCAGUAACGAGCCAAGUAGAACAGGGGCUUCCUCAAGUGUCGCAGGAAGUGCCACGCCCGGGACAGCAACGUCUAGUGUAGUUUCGAGAGGAGGGGCUGCAUUCAACCCAUCUUCCGCACUGGACCACAAUAAUACCGGAGCAGCCCCAAAAGAACCCUCCUCCUAUUCCGCCAAGUCUACACCCGUGACGCUAACCGGAGGAGCACCGCUCGUACCACAAUUCAACGACCAAACCCAGCCACAGUCCUCCGAUACGGACCAGAGUAGGCGGAGCACGAAAGAGAACCUGGAUCAAACGCGGAGACAGGAAAGCAUGCGCAAGAUCCAAGACGACUUGGCACAGAUUUCCGCGUGGAUAUGCGAUAACACGACCGAGACAGAGGACGAAGAAUCCUUUUUCGACCGGGAAGAGAUACCUUUUGUCGACGCGAUGCUGCGGAGUUCGGAUACUUUGAUUGACUUGUUGAAGAGGCUGAAGCCAGGAAAAAUCUCCUCGAACGCGCACAGACUGGAUAGGAAGAAGAUGGCGGAGGUACGUACGGUGUUGCGUGUUGGUGUUCCAGCUCAGCUCGUUGCUUCGAUGAAAAUCAAAAUCUUGGUUCAUGAUUUCCACAAAUUUCGACGCAGCGUAUGUAUGAUGCUCCCUCUUGCGCAGGAGUUGUUGAUCUCUAGAAUGAUGAUGAUCACGUUUUCACUGUUAUUUCUAUUUGUCAUCCGCAUCACAUCACAAAAAUUUUCAGGUCGACUUGAGCUUUGAAGGACAUGCGCGGAUAAAGCAUCAGGUUUUGGAAAACAUCUCCAUGUUUCUCCAUCUUUGCGCGGACGAAUUUCAGAUCAAGGAGGAGUCGCUUUUCACGCCCUUUGACGUGCUGGAGACCCGCGCCAAACUGCAACGCAACGAAAUCGACCUGGCGCUCGAGGCCCGCUUGCGCGCAAUUCUCCGGUGCUUCAUCAAUCUGUCGCGCCAGACGGACGGGGUGCUGGUGCCGCUCACCAGAGAGUAUCCUAAGGAGUGAGGUCGUAAGUACUGUUGUUGCAGUUGCGGGGAUGAAUAAUUCCGAUAUCGUGUUUCGUGUUCUUGGGUUUGACAGUUACUCGUGGCCGCGACUCGUCAAGCCCAUGGAUGUCGUCCAUCGCGCGUUCCACUCGAGGGCAGCCUGUGGGCAUCCGACGAAGGCACGAGGACUAGUCGCUCUUGUUCUUGAAGCGCAUCAUGCAAAAGUGGCCUAGUAGUACUGCGCCUGUAAUGAUCUUCCUUCGGACUCGGAGUGCUGCACCAUACUGCUCUCAAGCAUGAUCCUCCACGCGCACUUCGACAUUGCACGGAAAAUAAGAAAUCACAGAAACAAAAAAAAGAAAAAAAACAAACACGAUCAGGCAGCUUAUGCGCGC